AUGGGAGGAACAAUUUCAAAAAAUAGUCAACAUUAUCCGGAUUCAAGACAAAUCGUGACUUCCUAUGGUCCGAUAGAAGGAAGACGGUUGAUUCAUGAAGGAGAAAAACAGGUGGAUGCAUUCCAAGGAAUCCCAUAUGCUGCACCGCCAGUUGGAAAAUUGAGAUUCGCUAUGCCUCAACCCCAUGAACCAUGGACAGAAGUGAGACAUUGCAAGGCAUUUGGAGCCAGAGGGAUUCAAAAAGAUUCAAUGUUGUCAGGAAAGGUAGCCCCACAGUCCGAAGAUAAUCUCACUUUGAACAUAUUCACUCCAGUCUGGACGCCAAAAAAUUCGACUGGAUUCCCAGUACUUUUCUAUAUCCAUGGUGGUGGAUUUAUCAGUGACAGUGCUCAUAAAUACGGAGAUUUGAGCAUUUGCCAACAUCUGUGCACUAAAGACGUAGUUGUUGUAACAAUUCAGUAUCGUCUGGGAUAUCUCGGUUUUUGGACAACAGGAGACAGUUCUAUUCCGGAUAACUUGGCACUUCACGAUAUGACAUUUGCUUUGAAAUGGGUCAAUGAGAAUAUUGGAUUAUUUAAUGGAGACCCUAACAAUAUCACUUUAAUGGGUCAAUCGGCAGGAGGAGCUUCGGUGGACCUUCUCAGCAUUUCUCCAGUCUCCAGAGAUCUAUUCCACAAAGUAAUUCCUAUGGGUGGAAAUGCAAGUUGCUCUUGGGCCAUUCAUCCUCGUCCACUGCAUUCUUGUCGGAAUCGUGCACAGGAAAUGGGAGUUCUCGAUGGGAUGAACACCUUGGAUUGGGUUGAAAAAUUGAGAGAAGUGCCUGCUGAAAAGUUCGGAGCGUCUCUGGAUAUGGGCGCAGUUGAUUUGAAAUCCGACCCAGAACUCACCAUCGGUCCGAAAUAUGAUAACUUAUUCAUCCCGAAACCUCUGAUGGAACUACGAAAAGAAUCUCCAGUCAAGCCAAGACUAGUCGGAUGUGCCAGAUCCGAAGGACUAGUUUUGUGCAUGUUCGGAAUGAACCCAAAACAUCCACUACAUGUUCUUCAUCAGGAUGUUGCUUCGAUUCUCUCCGAGAAAUUCUUCCCAUUGAAAGCCAGAGAUUACCAAGAAAAGGCUCUCGAGAAAUUGAUUGAUGUUGGAUCGGACCAUUCCAAAGAGGAAUGGCAGAGAGCGAUGUGUGAAUUGAAAGGAGACUCGUUUUUGAAUAUUGGAAUCCAGCAGAAUGUUCUGGAUGUUCUGGAAACUCAACCACUGACUCCAAUUUAUAUGUAUUCGUUUGAUUACUGUAAUCAAAAGGCAUACGGUAUUAUGGGAUGGAAAAUGCCAUUUAAAGACGCCACACAUUGUACUGAUAUCAGUUACGUCGUAGGAAAUCAUAUAGUGAUGCCUCUUGACUUCAACGAGGAGGAUUAUAAGAUGAUUGAUAUUACAACUCGUCUGUGGACCAACUUUGCAAAAUAUGGAGACCCGAAUGGAGAAGGAGAUGACGCUGCUGAACUAGAACAUAAAUGGGAACCAGCGACAAUCGAGAACCCACAAGUCCAUAUGUCGCUGUCCUUACAACCAAAACUACUUCCAAUCUAUAAACAAGAACGACCUUUGUACAUGGCAAAGCUUCUGAAAGAGGCAAGACCUCCAGUAAAUCUGUAA